UUUCGUCAGGAUUUGUGUCGGAAAGGCUUUUUGCCCGAUGCGGUGGGAGUGUGUGAGCGACGCUCGAUCUUGUUAGCGAUAGAUCUACAUUGCGAUCCCUCCCGGCGCUGGAUCGAUCGAUUGGAUCGGUCGAUCGAUCGGUCAAUGGGUGUGUGGAGCUUGGCGGACGUCCGCAAGCACAGAUCCGCCGGCGAUGCGUGGAUUAUUGUCGAUGGCCAGGUCUACGAUGUGACACAGUUCCUAGAUGAUCAUCCGGGAGGCCCACAGAUAAUUUCCCAGAGCCUUGACAGUGACAAUGUUGGAAGCUUGAUGAGGGGCUCCGACGAUCCGGCCGCGCAUUCUCACAGCGAUGCCGCAUUCGAUACUUUGGAGAAGUUCCACAUUGGAAUUCUUGAGAAUUCGCAACACAGAUCGAAGAACUCCGAGGAUUCAGAGACAAAACCAAAGACUGGAGGCUUCACAGUCGAUUUGAGCAAACCUCUCGUCUCUCAGGUCGGUCACCUCGGAGACGCUUACGAGAAAUGGGUGCACCAGCCUAUCGUUUGCAAAGAGAGCCCUCGGUUUUUCGAGAACCAGAUCCUCGAGUCUUUGACACGAACAGUCUGGUGGGUGAUCCCGCUGGUUUGGCUUCCAUUUAUAUGCUGGCUUCUACUUGUGUCAUCUCAAAGAGGCCUAAAGUCGCAAAGCAUUGUCUCGUGCUUGAUCUCUGGAGUGAUUAUCUGGUCACUUCUCGAGUAUAGCAUGCAUCGAUUUCUUUUUCACGUCAAAACAUCAGGCUACUGGUCGAACACAUUCCAUUAUCUCCUUCAUGGUUGCCACCACAAGCAUCCAAUGGACGGGUACCGGCUAGUGUUUCCUCCAGCGGCCACUCUCGGGUUUCUCUCGAUCUUCUGGCCGAUCAUCGCGUCGCUAGCUCCUCGUGAAAUGGCGCCAACGAUCCUGGGAGGAGGGAUCCUCGGCUACGUGAUCUACGACGUUACACACUACUUUCUCCACCAUGGAGUCGCCUUCGAUCAAUGGAGUAGAAGGCUCAAGAGGUACCAUUUGAAUCAUCACUUCAAGAACCAGACAGUAGGCUUUGGCAUAACUUCGAAUUUCUGGGAUCGAAUUUUUGGCACGCUGCCUUAAAGCUCCGUGUAGGCAAUAAAGGCAUGGGAUAUGCCCGUACACCUGGCGUGAAUAUUCGUUCGAGGCGGGCGGUCAAAGAGUCAGCUAACCGCCAAAUUGUCUAUGGUUUGAAUCAACGUUCUUCUCCUGUAUUCUUUUCUCGGGCCCAUUUAUUGAGAGCCACGCUUAUUCGUGUGAACAGAAUGCCAGAUGGACGGUCGCGAUCGUUGCA